AUGGCGAGACAAAGGUUUAAAAAGUUCAGCAAGUUGGAACUGAUUCUCAUUGUUCUGCUGCUUGUGUUGUUCAUCAUUGCCGUGGUUCUCAUCGUGCUCUUAGCCACUUCCACACCGUUAAAUGAUACUGACACAACUGCCACUCCAGAUGCUCCAACCACAAGAACCACUCUUAACCCGCCCAGUUGCCCAGUGCUAAGUGAACUGGAACGGAUAAGUUGCAUCCCUGACAAGUUACCUGAUAAGGACACAUGUGACCAGCGUGGCUGCUGCUGGGAUCCUCAGGGAGCCGCUAAUGUUUCUUGCUACUAUUCCAGGAAUCAUGGCUACCAAAUGGAGAGUGAUCCUGUGUUUACAAAUGCAGGAUUCACAGCCCAGUUGAAAAACUUGCCUUCUGCACCCCUGUUUGGAAAUGACAUCGAAAAUGUCCUGCUCACAGUCGAGUACCAGACAUCGAAUCGCCUCCACUUUAAGUUGACCGACCAAACCAAGGGAAGGUAUGAAGUGCCUCAUGAGCAUGUGAAGGCCUUCAGUGGAAAUGCUGCUCCUUCCUUGAACUACCAAGUUGAGGUCUCUAAACAGCCGUUCGGCAUCAAAGUCACAAGAAAAAGCAAUAACCGUGUGCUGUUUGACUCAAGUAUUGGGCCCCUCCUCUUCUCCGACCAGUUCCUGCAGCUCUCCACCCUACUGCCAAGUGCUAACGUAUAUGGUCUGGGUGAACAUGUGCACCAGCAGUACCGGCAUGACAUGAAUUGGAAGACCUGGUCCUUGUUUUCCAGGGACACAACUCCCAAUGAUGAAGGAAAUAACUUGUAUGGUGUACAGACAUUCUUCCUGUGCCUUGAAGAUAAGAGUGGAUUAUCCUUUGGAGUGUUUCUGAUGAACAGCAAUGCCAUGGAGGUUACCCUUCAGCCUACUCCAGCAAUCACGUACCGCACCAUUGGGGGGAUUCUGGACUUCUAUGUCUUCUUGGGGAACACACCUGAGGGAGUUGUUCAAGAAUAUCUAGAGCUCAUCGGGCGGCCAGCUCUGCCUUCAUACUGGGCACUUGGGUUUCAGCUCAGCCGGUAUGAUUAUGGAACCCUAGACAAUAUGAAGAAAGUUGUGGAUCGAAACCGUGCAGCACAGCUCCCGUAUGAUGUUCAGCAUGCUGAUAUUGAUUAUAUGGACCAGAGGAAGGACUUCACUUAUGACCCAGUAAAUUUUAAAGGCUUCCCGGAGUUUGUUAAGGAGCUGCACAAUAAUGGGCAGAAACUUAUUAUCAUUUUGGAUCCAGCCAUUUCCAAUAACUCUCUCCCAAGUGAUCCCUAUGGCCCAUAUGACAGAGGUUCAGCAAUGAAAAUCUGGGUGAAUAGUUCUGAUGGUGUAAACGCACUCAUUGGAGAGGUCUGGCCUGGAACAACUGUCUUUCCUGAUUACACCAAUCCCAACUGUGCUGUUUGGUGGGCAACAGAACUUGAGCUUUUCCACAACAAAGUGGAGUUUGAUGGCAUUUGGAUUGAUAUGAAUGAAGUCUCCAACUUUGUUGAUGGCUCAGUUUCAGGAUGUUCCACAAACAACCUCAAUUAUCCUCCAUUCACACCAAAGAUCCUGGAUGGGCGCUUGUUCUCUAAGACUCUCUGCAUGGAUGCAAUUCAGCAUUGGGGCAAGCAGUAUGAUGUUCACAAUCUGUAUGGCUACUCCAUGGCCAUUGCCACAGCAGAAGCCGUGAAGACAGUGUUCCCAGACAAGAGAAGUUUCAUCAUAACACGCUCUACCUUUGCGGGAUCUGGCAAGUUUGCAUCCCACUGGUUAGGAGACAAUGCUGCUACCUGGAAGGACCUUCAGUGGUCCAUUCCAGGCAUGCUUGAGUUCAACCUUUUCGGUAUCCCAAUGGUAGGGGCCGAUAUAUGUGGCUUUGCCCUGGACACAUCUGAGGAGCUCUGCAGGCGGUGGAUGCAGCUGGGGGCAUUUUAUCCAUUUUCCCGGAAUCACAAUGGCCAAGGCUACAAGGACCAGGAUCCUGCCUCUUUUGGAGCUGAUUCCUUGCUGUUGAAUUCAUCUAGGCACUACCUUAACAUCCGAUACACUCUGCUGCCUUACCUCUACACUCUUUUAUACCGUGCCCACAGCCGGGGAGACACGGUGGCUAGGCCCCUUCUGCACGAGUUCUAUGAGGACAUCAAUACUUGGGACAUAAACCGGCAAUUUCUGUGGGGACCAGGACUCCUCAUCACUCCUGUUCUGGAUGAGGGUGCAGAGAAAGUGAAGGCAUAUGUGCCUGAUGCUGUCUGGUAUGACUACGAGACCGGGGGGCAAUUGACAUGGAGAAAGCAAAGCAUUGAGAUGGAACUUCCUGGAGAUAAAAUUGGACUUCACCUUCGAGGAGGCUACAUCUUCCCCACACAACAGCCAGGCACAACCACAACAGCCAGCCGGAAGAACCCUCUUGGCCUUAUCAUUGCUCUGGAUGAGAACAAAGAAGCAAGAGGAGAGCUGUUCUGGGAUGAUGGGGAGAUGAAGGAUACUGUGGCCAAGAACAUUUACCUUUUCAGUGAAUUUUCUGUCACCCAAAACCAUUUGAAUGUGACAAUUUCAAGUCCAAACUACAAGGAUCCCAAUAACUUGGCAUUCCAGGAAAUUAAAAUCCUUGGGACACAGGCAAUUCACAAUGUUAGAGUGAAACAGAAUGGUGUCCUUAGUCAGAUGUCUCCUCAAAUCACUUACAAUUCAAACAUGAAGGUUGCCACCAUCACAGAUAUCCAUCUCAUGCUGGGAGAAGCAUAUACAGUUGAGUGGGACAAUGUGAGGGAUCUGGAGAAGAUAGACUGCUACCCAGAUGAGGAUGGUGCAACUGAGGCCAAAUGCACUGCCCGUGGCUGCAUCUGGGAGGAAUCCAGCUCUUCUGGGGUCCCUUACUGCUACUUUGUCAAUGAGCUGUACUCAGUCAGCAAUGUUCAGAAUCACCCAAAUGAGGCCACAGCGAACAUCUCCUUGAAGCCUUCUCCUUACAGCAAUGCCUUCCCCUCUACACCUGUGAAUCAACUGCAGCUUAGAGUGAUCUACCACAAGAAUGAAAUGCUGCAGUUCAAGAUCUAUGAUCCCAACCACAGUCGGUAUGAAGUCCCAGUGCCUCUGAACAUCCCCACUGCUCCAUCCAGCACCCCUGAAGGCCGUCUCUAUGAUGUCCUCAUCAAAGAGAAUCCAUUUGGGAUUGAAAUUCGCAGGAAGAGUACAGGCACUGUAAUCUGGGACUCUCAGCUCCUCGGCUUCACCUUCAAUGACAUGUUCAUCCGCAUCUCCACCCGCCUGCCCUCCACAUACAUCUAUGGCUUUGGGGAAACUGAGCACACAACCUUCAAGACAGACUUGAACUGGCACACGUGGGGCAUGUUUUCCAGGGACCAGCCCCCAGGGUACAAGAAGAAUUCCUAUGGUGUGCACCCUUACUACAUGGGGCUAGAAGAGGAUGGCAAUGCCCAUGGAGUCCUCCUGAUGAACAGCAAUGCCAUGGAUGUGACAUUCCAGCCCCUGCCUGCCCUAACAUACAGAACUACAGGAGGCAUUCUGGACUUCUAUGUGUUCUUGGGCCCAACUCCAGAGCUUGUCACUCAGCAAUACACAGAGUUGAUUGGUCGGCCUGUGAUGGUACCUUACUGGUCCCUGGGAUUCCAGCUGUGUCGCUAUGGAUAUGAGAAUGAUAUUGAGAUCGCCAGCUUGUAUGAUGAGAUGGUGGCUAAGCAGAUCCCCUAUGAUGUGCAGUACUCAGACAUUGACUACAUGGAGAGGCAGCUGGACUUCACCCUCAGCCCCAAGUUCUCUGGGUUUCCAGCCCUGAUCAAUCGCAUGAAGGACAAUGGGAUGCGGGUCAUCCUCAUUCUGGACCCAGCCAUUUCUGGCAAUGAGACACAGCCCUAUCCUGCCUUCACCCGGGGUGUGGAGAAUGAUGUCUUCAUCAGAUAUCCCAAUAAUGGAGACAUUGUCUGGGGAAAGGUCUGGCCUGAUUACCCUGAUAUUGUUGUGGAUCCCUCUCUAGACUGGGACACUCAAGUGGAGCGAUACCGAGCUUAUGUGGCCUUCCCAGACUUUUUCCGUGAUUCAACUGCCACGUGGUGGAAGAAGGAGAUUCAAGAACUCCACACGAACCCACAGGAACCAGGGAAGAGCUUGAAGUUUGAUGGACUGUGGAUUGAUAUGAAUGAACCUUCCAGCUUUGUGAAUGGGGCAGUUCCUUCUGGCUGCAGCGAUUCUACUCUGAACCAUCCUCCCUACAUGCCACAUUUGGAAGCCAGGGACCGGGGCUUGAGCAGCAAGACACUAUGCAUGGAGAGUGAGCAGAUUCUUCCAGAUGGCUCCCGGGUGCGGCAUUAUGACGUGCACAGCCUGUAUGGGUGGUCCCAGACCAGACCUACCUAUGAGGCUGUGCAGGAGGUGACAGGAGAGAGAGGGGUAGUCAUCACCCGUUCCACAUUCCCCUCUUCUGGACGCUGGGCAGGACACUGGCUGGGAGACAACACAGCUGCCUGGGACCAGCUGGGGAAAUCCAUCAUUGGUAUGAUGGAGUUCAGUCUCUUUGGCAUCUCCUAUACGGGGUCAGACAUCUGUGGGUUCUUUCAAGAUGCUGAGUAUGAGAUGUGUGUUCGCUGGAUGCAGCUGGGUGCAUUUUACCCCUUCUCCAGGAACCACAACACCAUUGGGACCAGGAGACAAGACCCUGUAUCCUGGGAUGAAACCUUUGAGAAUAUUUCCAGAAGUGUGCUAGAGACCAGAUACACCCUGUUGCCAUAUCUCUACACCUUGAUGUACAAGGCCCACACAGAGGGCAGCACAGUGGUGCGGCCUCUUCUCCACGAGUUUCUGUCAGACCGAGAGACAUGGAAUAUAGACAGACAGUUCCUGCUGGGUCCAGCCUUCCUGAUCAGCCCUGUGCUGGAGCCUAAUGCCAGAACUGUCAAUGCCUAUUUUCCUAAAUCCCACUGGUAUGACUAUUACACGGGUGCAGACAUUAACUCAACAGGAGAGUGGAAGACCUUGGCAGCCCCUCUUGAACACAUUAAUCUUCACAUCCGUGGAGGUUACAUCUUGCCAUGGCAACAACAUGCUCUGAACACAAACUUAAGCCGGAAGAACCCUCUUGGUCUGCUCAUUGCUCUGGAUGAGAACAAAGAAGCAAGAGGAGAACUGUUCUGGGAUGAUGGGCAGUCAAAGGAUACUGUGACCACAAACACUUACCUAUUCAGUGAAUUUGCUGUCACCCAAAACCAUUUGAAUGUGACAAUUUCAAGUCCAAACUACAAGGAUCCCAAUAACUUGGCAUUCCAGGAAAUUAAAAUCUUUGGGACAGAGGAAAUUGCCAAUGCUAGAGUGAAACAGAAUGGUGUCCUUAGUCAGAUGUCUCCUCAGAUCACUUACAAUUCAAACCUGAAGGUUGCCACCAUAACAGAUAUCCAUCUCAUGCUGGGAGAAGCAUAUACAGUUGAGUGGGACAAUGUGAGGGAUCUGGAGAAGAUAGACUGCUACCCAGAUGAGGAUGGUGCAACUGAGGCCAAAUGCACUGCCCGUGGCUGCAUCUGGGAGGAAUCCAGCUCUUCAGGGGUCCCUUACUGCUACUUUGCCAAUGAGCUGUACUCAGUCAGCAAUGUUCAGAAUCACCCAAAUGAGGCCACAGCGAACAUCUCUUUGAAGCCUUCUCCUUACAGAAAUGCCUUCCCCUCUACACCUGUGAAUCAACUGCAGCUUAGAGUGAUCUACCACAAGAAUGAAAUGCUGCAGUUCAAGAUCUAUGAUCCCAACCACAGUCGGUAUGAAGUCCCAGUGCCUCUGAACAUCCCCACUGCUCCAUCCAGCACCCCUGAAGGCCGUCUCUAUGAUGUCCUCAUCAAGGAGAAUCCAUUUGGGAUUGAAAUUCGCAGGAAGAGUACAGGCACUGUAAUCUGGGACUCUCAGCUCCUUGGCUUCACCUUCAAUGACAUGUUCAUCCGCAUCUCCACCCGCCUGCCCUCCACAUACAUCUAUGGCUUUGGGGAAACUGAGCACACAACCUUCAAGAUUGACUUGAACUGGCACACGUGGGGCAUGUUUUCCAGGGACCAGCCCCCAGGGUACAAGAAGAAUUCCUAUGGUGUGCACCCUUACUACAUGGGGCUAGAAGAGGAUGGCAAUGCCCAUGGAGUCCUCCUGAUGAACAGCAAUGCCAUGGAUGUGACAUUCCAGCCCCUGCCUGCCCUAACAUACAGAACUACAGGGGGCAUUCUGGACUUCUUUGUGUUCUUGGGCCCAACUCCAGAGCUUGUCACUCAGCAAUACACAGAGCUGAUUGGUCGGCCUGUGAUGGUACCUUACUGGUCCCUGGGAUUCCAGCUGUGUCGCUAUGGAUAUGAGAAUGAUACUGAGAUCGCCAGCUUGUAUGAUGAGAUGGUGGCUAAGCAGAUCCCCUAUGAUGUACAGUACUCAGACAUUGACUACAUGGAAAGGCAGCUGGACUUCACCCUCAGCCCCAAGUUCUCUGGGUUUCCAGCCCUGAUCAAUCGCAUGAAGGACAAGGGGAUGCGGGUCAUCCUCAUUCUGGACCCAGCCAUUUCUGGCAAUGAGACACAGCCCUAUCCUGCCUUCACCCGUGGUGUGGAGAAUGAUGUCUUCAUCAGAUAUCCCAAUAAUGGAGACAUUGUCUGGGGAAAGGUCUGGCCUGAUUACCCUGAUAUUGUUGUGGACCCCGAUCUAGACUGGGACAGUCAAGUGGAGAAAUAUCGAGCUUAUGUGGCCUUCCCAGACUUUUUCCGUAAUUCCACUGCCACAUGGUGGAAGAAGGAGAUUGAAGAACUCUACACCAACCCACAGUAUCCAAAUAAGAGCUUGAAGUUUGAUGGCCUAUGGAUUGAUAUGAACGAACCUUCCAGCUUUGUGAAUGGGGCAGUUCCUUCUGGCUGCAGUGAUGCUACUUUGAACCACCCACCCUACAUGCCAUAUUUGGAAGCCAGGGACAGAGGCCUGAGCAGCAAGACACUCUGCAUGGAGAGUGAGCAGAUCCUUCCAGAUGACUCUCGGGUGCGGCAUUAUGACGUGCACAGCCUGUAUGGGUGGUCCCAGACCAGACCCACCUACGAAGCUGUGCAGGAGGUGACAGGAGAGAGAGGGGUCGUCAUCACCCGCUCCACAUUCCCCUCUUCUGGACGCUGGGCAGGACACUGGCUGGGAGACAACACAGCUGCCUGGGACCAGCUGGGGAAAUCCAUCAUUGGCAUGAUGGAGUUCAGUCUCUUUGGCAUCUCCUAUACGGGGUCAGACAUCUGUGGGUUCUUUCAAGAUGCUGAGUAUGAGAUGUGUGUUCGCUGGAUGCAGCUGGGUGCAUUUUACCCCUUCUCCAGGAACCACAACACCAUUGGGACCAGGAGACAAGACCCUGUGUCCUGGGAUGAAACCUUUGAGAAUAUUUCCAGAAGUGUUCUAGAGACCAGAUACACCCUGUUGCCAUAUCUCUACACCCUGAUGUACAAGGCCCACACAGAGGGCAGCACAGUGGUGCGGCCUCUUCUCCAUGAGUUUGUGUCAGACCAUGAGACCUGGAAUAUAGACAAACAGUUCCUCCUGGGUCCAGCCUUCCUGAUCAGCCCUGUACUAGAGCUUAAUGCCAGAACUGUAGAUGCCUAUUUUCCCAGAGCCCGCUGGUAUGACUACUACACGGGUGUAGAUAUUAAUGCAAGGGGACAAUGGAAGAACUUGCCAGCCCCUCUUGACCAUAUUAAUCUUCAUAUCCGUGGGGGCUACAUUCUGCCCUGGCAGGAACCUGCCAUGAAUACCCGCUUGAGCCGUGAGAAAUUCAUGGGCCUCAAGGUUGCCUUGAAUGAUGGAGGACUUGCUGAGGGCUGGCUCUUCUGGGAUGAUGGGAAAAACAUCAAUAUCACUGAACGAUACUACUUGGCCAGCUUUUCUGUUAGCCAGAAUACAUUGCAGACACAUGUUAUUUUUAACAAUUACAUCACUGGAACAGCACCUUUGUACCUAGGCUACAUUGAAGUCUGGGGAUUGGGCAGUGUUUCCAUUACCAGCGUGAGCAUCUCUAGGAACAACUUGAAUGAAUCAGUCCCCUAUGACUACAACACCACAACUCAGGUAUUAAAAGUUAAUGUGACUGAGAAAAGAAUCAGCCUGCAUCAUUUCCAGUCACUGACAUGGAACUCUUCAUGA